AGUAUGCCAAAUUAGAUAAACGAUUAACUGGAAAACGGGGCUUAUCAAAAACAAAAUUAUAAUUGGGAACUAACUAGACAUCAGUGUUGCGGCAGUUAGUUGAUGAAAUGGACACGAUACUAAUGGUGGACAAAGAAGAGGUCCCGGGCAUCGCUGUACAAUGUGAACUGCUGACGUCCAAAGGACAUUUGAAUAGGACCUACGAAUUCGACAUAGCGGAUAUCAAACUCCGUCGUCGCCUGGUGUCCAGAUUUUACGGAAUUCUAAUUCUACAGGUGGCUUGUACCUUGCCCUGCCUGGAGCUGUUGCUGAGAUUUCCUUUACCCUACAAUUAUGUAAUACCCUCAACGAUGGUCUUUACCAUGUCGAUCUACACUUGCUUUUACGUUUGGCGAGAGUGGAGGAGACUUGCCCCUUUCAAUUAUUUUGUACUCUUCGUGAGUACAUGCAUUGGAUUGUUCAAUAGGAGCGUAUAUCUGGUCACUUUGGUGGAAUCACAUUGGGUCUAUUUCUAUCCCGUCGUCCUCAUCCUUGAGUUGUUAGCUCUUAUGCUGUACUCCUCACAGGAGCGCUAUCGGUUUACCCAAUUUCGUGGAAUUUCCAUAAUCUGCCUCGUCUUCGGGAUGUUUCUCCUGGUGGCCUACCACUUCAACAGGGUGGUAGAACUCUUCUCCGGAAUGGCCUGCACAUUGGAGGCGUGGUACGUCAUCUACGAUACCCACUACAUGCUGUGUGGCCGACAUGGCUAUACCAUUGGACCCCAGGAGUAUGUCUUUGCUGCAUGCAACAUCCACUGCGAUCUGCCCAAGGGAAUCUGGCGAUUUAUUAAGAUGAUUUUCAUCAACAAAAUCAUGGAAAUGAUUCGCAUGUUUAGAGAAUGCUUUCGGGCCGAGGUUUGCUAA